UGAGGUUAUGUAUUUACAUCAUCUUGCACGUUAUUUAUAAAGAUCUGAAAAGAGUAUACACAAAAUUAAAUUCAUAUGGUCUAACGUACUGAUUCGAUAGUUGUAAUAUCGAAAUGAAUCAUUAAUUAUGGAAAACAUCGAAGAACUUUAUUGUCAUUUGACAGAAAUUGAAUUACACAAGCCAACUACAGAAAUAUAUUUUGAUUAUUCAGACGAUGUUGUUUGUCAAGUACACAACAACAAUUUAACUAUAUACCAAGAAGGAAAUAUCGACGAUAAUAUAAUACAAAAUUACAAUAUAGACGUAACCGAUAAAGUGAUAUACGUUAAAUAUCUAUCGAUAUUUAAUAUCGUUUUUUUGGCUACCGAAAAUGAACUCAUUCUAUAUGAUAUCGAAAACAAAACUAAAUUGUUUACUUUAUCUGUAGAAAAUCCAAUCAUUGAAAUAUGUUGGAAUCCUUUAGAAACGCUCCUCAUUGUCAUACAUAAAAAUUAUGAAAUAACUUCUUAUGUUUGCUCCAAAUACUCUAUCGAAUUUCAAAAUAAAUCGUAUCUAGGUGCGAACGUUCCCGUUCCUAUUCUCUCGGGAUGGGGUUCAAUUUACACACAAUUCCAAGGACCGAAAAAAAUGAAAAAAAACGUUGUAACACAAAAAGACGUUCAAAAGGCUCCUACGGGUCCGCCUAAAAUUUCAUGGAGAGGUAACGGGGAAUUAUUCGUAGUAAAUUAUUUUUCAAACAAUCAACGUAAUAUUAAAGUAUUUGACGCCGAUUUGAACGCAUUGAAUCAAUCGGAACCAUAUACGAACCUACAAGACGUCGUGGCUUUUAUGGGAAAAGGACAAUGCAUUGCUUGUGUCGCAAAAAAUGAAGAAAAUAUCAAAUUAGUGAUUUUUGAAAAAAAUUGUAAAGUUAAAGCCGAAUAUGACAUGCCCGACAUUAAGGGCGCGGUAAAAAAGUUACUUUAUCAUCCUCAAAUGAAUAUAUUGACUGUUUCGUUCGUCGAUAAAGUACAAAACAGUUUUAUAAACAUCUAUUUGUACUCGAACGGUAGAUGGUUUUUGAAACAACAACUUUAUUACCCGCCGAAAACACGUUUGCACAAUUUCCAAUGGUUAAAUCAACAAGAAAUUUUAUUUACGACGUGCACUUUAAUAGUAUACACGUCGCGUUACAUCGAAAAUCGUUAUUUUCGAUUCGUGAUCAACAGAAGUCCGAAUACCGCAAUUGUGGCCGUCGUCGACGGAAAAAACAUCAAUUUCAGUUUGUUCGAUAAAAAAAUCCUACCCCCGCCGUAUUAUUAUCUCAAUUUCGAAAACGAUAUCCCCGUAAACAGGAUAACGUUUCACCCGAUAAGAAAUAUUUGCGUCGCCGUCGAUUCCUAUUUCUACGUCAAAAUUUUAUAUAUAGAAGACGAAAAAAUCGACGAGAUCCUUCGCGUAAAAGAUUACGAAUUCGAUUUAAUCAAUUUCCAAUCGUUAAAUUGGCACGAAAAUCGAUUAGAAAUAAUAUUACAUAGCAACGAUGUUAACAAAACGAUUAAUAACGUCGAUAAAGAAAUAACGGUUACGAUAAAAACGGAAAAUCCCAGCGCCCAUCUCUAUUUACCGUACAGCGAUACCAACCUAAUUUUACCGUAUAAAAAAUUGGAUUACAACAGUCGCUAUAUAUACAUAACCAAACAUUUAAUACAAGAUUUGACGUUCGAAUUCGCCUUGUCGUCGAAUCGAGAUUUGUACGUCAACGAUAACUUGGUGUGUUCCGGUAUAACGUCGGUGUACGUGUUCAAGAAUUACUUGAUUCUGACGCAUUCGAAUUCGAAAUUAUACUGCAUACGUUUACAAGAUUACGCCAUUUACACCAACGACAUCAACUUAAAUACCCUAUUCAACAGGGAAAUCGAACGGGGGGGCGCGAUCUUAACUUGCACCGACCUGACGUCCCCUCAAAUAAUAUUACAAAUGCCCCGGGGUAACUUAGAAACAAUAAGUUGCAAAAUGAUAACGAUCGACGUUAUCGAAAAUAUGUUGAAGGAAAACAAAUGGUCCGACGUAUUGCACGUACUUAGAAUCGAAAAGGUCAAUUCGAACGUACUAAUCGAUUUAAAUCCCGAUCGAUUCCACGAUCGUAUCGAGGAUUUCGUCAGAGCUGCGAAAAACAAUAUAAUAUUAAUGAAUAUAGUGACGGAAUUUAACGUGAACGAAAAUUGUUUUAAGACGUUUUAUCAAAAUUAUUCCCCGUUUUUAACGCCCAAAUUGAAUUAUAACAAACGAUCGAUUAUAGAAGACAUAUUGAAUUAUCUCGUAUCUACCGAUUGCGUUAAAAAUUUAUCGAGUAUAGUGGCCAUACAACAAAAACACGUUUCGUUAAAAUCCGCUUUGAAAUCGAUUAAAGACAUAUACAAUAUCGAUAGGAUCGAAAACGAAUCGAUUUGUAGCAAAAUAUUGAAGCAGCUGUUGUUGCAAGAAUAUUUUAAAGACGUCGAAAACGCCGCCUACAAUUUAUUCGACAUCGAUUUUUUGUCGUUGGUUUACCGGAACAGUAUGGAAGAUCCGAAAGUCUACGAACCGGAAAUAAAUUAUUUGAGAGAUAUGGACGUUAUGGAGAGGAAGUUUAAGAUGUGCGUGCGCGGUAGAAACCUCAGCGGGGCCGUUAAAUAUCUGUUGAGAUACCCGAUAGCCGACGAGGAAUCGAUAACGAAUUUCAUAGUUAGAAAUCAUUUGGAGGACGUUGCUUAUUUGAGUAUCGAAAAUUACCAUAAACAUUUCAAGUUGGUGACCGUUUUGUACGCGAAAACUUUAUCGGUGGCGAGGAGAUACAACGAAGCGGGGAUGAUUUUGAAACGGGCCAAAUUGUACGGGGAGGCUUUGAUGGAAUAUAAAAGAGGAUUGGAAUGGCGGGAAGUUGUUAGUCUUAUUAAAAAAUUGAAUUACAAUACCGAGGAUGAGGUUAAAUUGUUGAAGGAAUUGGCCGAGGAUUUGGUUAAAGUACGCAGAACCGACGACGCCGUUAUAUUGCUAGAAACUUAUAUAAAGGAUUAUAAGACGGCCGUGAACGUGUUAUUCGAACAGAACCAUUUCAGAAAAUCGAUUUGUUUGGCUGAAACUUAUCGAGAAUAUCAUUUUAUAGGAACGCAAAUAAUACCGAAACUACUUGAAUAUAUGUCGACGGUGUUGGAAAAAAUCGAUAAUUAUUCUGAUCUGAUCGAUAAAUUUACGGCGCGAUUGGAAAUUGUGAGGGAAGAGAGAAUUUCGAAAUUUCAAAAAGCCUCUUUGGGUAUAUACGACGAUCAGGACGAUCUGUAUUCGGAUACGUCGAGUUUGAUAUCGUCUUCUAAUUCAAGAUCCACUUCCAGAUCUAGAGGAACCUCGUUAUCGUCGAGAAAUCGUCGAAAAGAAGAAAGGAAAAAAAUCGAUCUCAAAGAGGGAGGUUUUUACGAAGAUAUAGCUCUAAUUAGAACUUUGCACAUCUUGUACGGGGAAAUUAUGAAUCUCGGCGAGGAAGUUAGAGAAUUGUGUUUGGCGGGAUACGGAUACGACGUCGAAUUAACUACUCGGUUACACAAGAAUUUAUGCGAAUUGCAAGAUAAGAUUGUCGAGAAGAUCCCCAAAAUUUGGCCCGAGGUGUUUGUUAAAGAAGACGAAUCGACCGACGUCGUAGUUUCCGCAAUUAUACAAAACAAACAAGAUUUGGAUCCAGAAUUCCGUUCUCCCCCCCAAACGUCGCAACUUAAAUCUUGGAGGUUGGAAUUAUUUUUAUAAUUUUUUAUUUCAUUUAUACGUACGUAAAUCAAGAGAAAAUAAAUUUCUAUUUAUAUUUAACAA